AUGUACAGAAGAUAAAACAUAACAAGGAAACAAAUUGAUCACUACAGCUAUUUACUAAACGAGGAAAUAGGAAGAGGUUUUAGCAGCAAGGUUUACAAGGGAAAGGAUGAUGUUUCCCAAGAACUAGUUGCUGUCAAGGUGAUCGAUAUGAAAAUGAUCAAAUAAUCAAUUCACUCUUAAUUAUUGAAAAAUGAAAUCAACGCUCUCCGUUCCUUCAAUAGCAAACACAUAAUGAAAUUGCAUGAUGUCUUUUAAACUCAGAACAACACUUAUAUCAUCACAGAAUAUUGUGACUCUGGAGAUCUCAAUAAUUACAUUCGUAAACGGGGGAGACUGGAAGAAUAGGAAGCAAUAAAAAUACUCUAAUGCGUAGUCUCAGCCAUGGUGGAAAUGAAUAAAAAAGGUUUCAUUCACAGAGACAUCAAACCUGCCAACAUCUUAAUUGAUCAUUCAAUCCCAAAACUAGCUGAUUUUGGCUUUGCUGUUCCAGUCCAUGAAGCUAGAGUCUAAGGCAGAAACUUCAAUGUCGGAACUCCUCUUUACAUGAGUCCACAGGCUUUGAGACAGUAAGGACAUACAGAACAAGGGGAUGUCUGGGCCAUUGGAGUUGUAUUUUAUGAAAUGCUUUUUGGGAGAACCCCAUUCAAUGGUCAAUCAGAGGCUGCAUUAAUUUCAAAUAUCAUGAACCAACCACUUCAUCUCCCAUCUCAUCCAUAGAUCUCUUCCGCUGCCAAAGAUUUUAUCAGACAAUGUUUAACUGUCGAUGAUGGAAGGAGAAUGAGAGUGCGUGAUAUGGCUAACCAUCAAUUGAUGAGGCAAUCGACUGCCCCUUCUUAACCUCAAUAACAAUAACAACACCCACGAUAAUUACAGCAGAGACAAGCCAUCACUCCUCCACCAGUUGAAUAACAAUAACAAAGAGUUAAAAGAUCACUUAGUUAAGGCGGAAAACAAGACAUCAGAUAUAGAGAAAACAAGGAAAACUAUUAUUAGCAAUAAAAUCAACAACAACCUUAGAAGCCCACUUAGGUUGAUAAUAAUAGAUAACCAUUAUAACCAUAAUAAUAGAAUGUCUAAAGAUCUACCAGUUAACAAUAGGUUCAAAAGCAUUAUAUUAAAUAAAAGACACAACCAGCUGAAGACAUCAAACCUUUAGGAAUAUCAAUGGAAUGCAAAGUUAAUAACGAUAUUCUGUUUACUUAAGUUAAUUUCUGUAGGUUCCUUUAUAAGUUCUCCUCAAGUCUACUCUAGUGUAAAGUAAUUAGCACUGAAUUAAAAGAUAAAUUGCUCUUUCUAAUGGGUAAAAACAUUGCAAUCAAAAUUACUAAACUUAAUCUAAUCACAGAUAAGGAAAACAACUAGCCAAAUGUCCUACAAUUAGAGGAUUUCCCCAUUUAUAAAAAGACAGAUUCCUAUCAUAAAUUUUCUUAAGCAAUCAUUGAAUACAACGAUAAAUAUAUGAAGUAUUUUGAUAAACUCCUCAAACUAUGCAAUUCUAAAUCAGAAUUACAAAAAGACACCACUUUUGUUUGUCUUUUGAAUCAGGAUUUUACAGAAACAGAAACAUUUUAUAGAAUCACUUAACAAUAUAUCAAAUAAAGUUUGACUGAAAUCAAAAAUUAUUUUAGGUCAUAAAACCUAUAAAACAUCAAUCUCGAUUCUCCAAUUACAGAUGAGAUUCAAUUGCCAGGAUUGAUAUUAUAAGGACUUAGCAAUUAUUACCUUUUGCUCCAAAAAGCAAUUGAAUACCUAAAGGAUUAUAAAGGAUUUGUUAGAAGUACUCAUACCGAAUUAAUGACUGAUAAAUCUUCAGAGGCUCUCACUUAUGGGAUACUAGAAUAAUUAAUGGUUAGAUUGCUAUGA